AUGAAUCUCCUGCAAAAAACUUUACUUGCUGUCUCGGCAGCUCUUUACCUGGGAUCAAGGCUUCUUUGCAGUCAAACGACGAACUCUACUUUGGUUUGCAGCGGCGCAGAAAACUGUAACAGAUGCGUACAAGAUCCUUCAUGCUUUUGGUGCGAGACACAACUACUGUGUAAAGUUUAUGGAGUCAAAAACGAGAAAAAUGAAACAAAAAACUGCGACGAUUGGAAUUGGAAGACUUGUGAGAAAACGGACACCCCACUGUUAGCUAUUAUAAGCGGUUGUACCUCGCUAGUAUUGAUUUCUGGUAAGUUUUUCUUCUUUUUUUAUGAAGCUGCAGUGACAAGUCCUACUAAUGAGACGUUCAACUUCUAUCUCAUCCUCCAAAGCUUCCCUACCCACCACUCCCUGUAUAGUCCCGAAAUUCCUUUCUCUGUUUUCUUCAACUCCCUCCGCAUCCGCUGAAGCUUCCCCACCCACCCCUCCCAUUAUGGUUCCGCGACUCUUAUCUCUUUUCCGUCGCUUCCCACUCAUGCAUCGUUACUCUGACUGGCUCUUUUUACUACAAAACCAACCGCCAAUAAUCGUGGCCCCAACAGGGAUUAAGGGGACAUAUUGUGCGGAUACUAAAAAUUCAAGAAAACUGUAUUAGGAAUUUCAACCAAAAAUGCGGGACUUUAAGUUUUCUAAGGUUUUAAAAAUUGGACUGUAACGCCAUGUUUCAUGACGUCAUGGUAUAGAAAAAACUGUUUAUGGCCCGGACUGUCAACAUGAACUCGCUUAUGGUAACCUACAGGCAAAAUAGAAAAAGUUAUCCAUAAUAAAGAGCAGUUGUGAUCAUAAUAGACCAAUGCUGCUAAUUUGUAUAAUUUCGGUCAUUUCCAUCAUUUUUCAGCUCUUGAAGUAAGUUUUCUUAAACUUACGAAAUUUUCAAACGCUUAGGUCACUAAUUUCAGUAUCAUCAUAGGGGGGAGGGGGGUGAGUAUAAGGUAUGGUUUCAGAAUACCAAGACCUUCCUUAUUAUGGUCUGGCUAUCCUCAUGGCCUUUUCUUUACCUAUCUAUCACAGACCUGAAAAACCAGCGGUAACUAUCAAAAUCGUCCCAUUGCAAGUUUGCCACCUUAACGUAAAACGAAUCCACCCCAUCUUUUUAACUCUUUUUUUUAAAUAUUUCUUUAGUCGCCAUGAGCUCAAGGUUUGACUCUGCUUAUGUUCACUCUAAAAGUAGACUUAGUUCAGGUACUUAAAUCACACAAAAUAUGACUAAAAUAAAACAAAGACUAGUGUAAUAUAGCAGCUUUGCCAUUAGUCGUGCGUUUUAAUCUUUUACACCCCGAUAUCAAUAUGCAUACUCUCCAUACCUUCUCUAUACAUUUCUUAAGGUUCUGAAAAGGAGAAUUUGCUUCACAAUCAAAAGCUUCUUUAGCUGGUGAUCUUUCCCUUUAUUCUCAUGACCUUGAUGUUUAUUCAGGGGUGAUCUGGUAGAGAGAAAUUAGAUGCCAGUCACUUUUAAGGGUUAAAGGAUUGACACAGCUAAGAAUUUGGGAACAAUAUAAGUAUCUGAGCAACUGCCCACCUACCCCUCCCCUAACUCAACAACAGUCAAUUGACAACAAGGUUAAGGUUAAUGUUGGGUUAGGGGAGGGGUAGGUGGGCAUUCGCCCAGAUACUGAUAUUGAUCCAGAAUUUGCAUGUUGUUCGCACUUUGUUAUGGUCUUGCUGUGAAAAUUGCAUGUUGGUUGUAAAAGCGUCAUGAUUUCCGUAGGAAUACGUUCUGAGGAAAGUAAACUAUUUGGGGCGAACUGGUUUAGGUAGGGGCGAACUUAUUUUACGUUACAGGGCGAAGUCGGAAAGGAGGUAGGGGCGAGCUUGCAAUGGGGCGAAUUUACCCUAAACCAAACCAGUUACAGUGCUUUAUUCUUUGUGAAAGAAGCUGCAUUCUUAUGUUAAAACUGCUCAUAUUCACAUAUUUUCCCAUCUGUUUUAAGUCCUCGUAGUUCUCGUUUGCAUAAAGAGGGAUCUCUGGAAUCGAUUAAAGAGUACGCGGUUUUGUGACGAGUGGGACAAAGAGGGAUUGUUUGAGCAAGAGGAAAGGUUUAUAAGAAAAAAGAAGCACACAAAGAAACUGGGCAACAAAGCGCAAAACUUUGCUGAUAAAUACAAAAUUAACGAUUCAUCCAUGCUGUUGUACACACCAUAA